GGUACGUCCGGAAGCUUUAGGAACGAUGAGCUUAUGGCUGAGGUAGAUCCCGGGAGAGCCACGGGCUCGCGUCGCGGUCGGGGCCGGGGCCUGCGACUGGGCCAUCGGCGACCUCAAACCUGGGAGAUUUCCGACUCAGAUGUCGAAGGUGCCCCCGCUAGGGAGGUCGGCACGCAAACCCCGAGUACAGUAGGAGAGCGCAGAGCUGCAGCCAAGGCUUUACGGGCAGAUCAGGUUCUGGGACGUCUGGUGGUGUGCGUGGACCCAGCUGUCCUCGAAGAUGCAGGCUCCGACAUCCUUAUGGAGGCGCUGGCCACCCUAGGCUGUGAAUGCCGCAUCGAGCCGCAGCACCAGGCCCGUAGCCUGCAGUGGAACGUUGUGAGGACCGACCCGGCCCCCAGCAAUGUGCCUCUGGAGGCGAAGCCUGAAAAUGAACAGGAACAGUUGCUGCUGCUGGAACCCCAGGAAUUUCUUCAGGGUGCCGUGCAGCUGACCCAGAUCACAGACUCAGCUUGUUCCAUCCCCUGGCUGUCUCCCAAGAGUCUCACCCGCUCCCAUCUGGCUGUCAUUGGACUGGAUGCAUACCUGUGGUCUCACCAGCCCAGUCCUCAGAAGACAUGGCAACUAAAAAAGUCAAAGGAAGCCCAUGCCAGAGUAGCCAUCAGCUGGCCGGAGAUAGAGGAGGCCCUGGUGCUGCUUCAGCUCCAUGCAAACCUGGAUGUGCUGCUGGUGGCCUCAUGGCAGGAACUGAGUCAGUAUGUGUGUGCCUUCACCAAGGCCCUCUCCCAGCUCCCCUCGAAGCAGUUCCGGGACUCCAAGGCCUUUUCUUUCUGCACAGCAGGGCAUUGGGCCUCAGGCCAGCAAGUGACCAGAGAUGGUUCUGGGCUCAGAGGAGUGUGGUGGCAGCAAAUCAGACAGUUCAACAGGGUCAGCCCAGCUGUGGCUGAUGCUGUUGUUACUGCCUUCCCCUCACCCCGCCUUUUGCAACAGGCUCUACUGGACUGCAGCACAGAGCAAGAGCGCCUGAGCCUCCUAGCUGACCUCCCUGUGAAGGCUCACAGGGGCAAGCAGCCUCGCAGAGUGGGGCCUGACCUCUCACGCAGAAUCUGUAUCUUCUUGACCACCACCAACCCAGACCUCCUGCUGGACCUGAGCUCUUGACCACACCUGUGCCAUCCUUGGGUUGCCUCCUGCCCAUCAGCACAACAGGACAGGCCCACCCAAGAAUCUGACUAAUUACUCUGAGGAACAGGGAAGGAGGUUUGGGUCCAGCCCGCACCUUUUUCAGACUGGAGUAUAUUCUGUUGCCCGAUGGUCAAGUGGAAGCACCAUGGGAGGUGGGGGAGGGUAAGGGAAGCUGAGGUGAAGAGGAGUGGAGGGUAGUGGCCACAAAAGCCCUAGGGCAACUGGGGUCUCAACUUGCCUUUGGCCUGGACACUUGUUGCAGCUUAGUAGGGGUCUGAGUGCCUAGGUGUGCUAUUACAGCCCCAUGCUGUCUGGAAGCUUAGGGUACACCC